AUGGUGGCCCAGCGUGUUGGUGACUCUCGCUGGCCAAAGAAGAGAUUUCGCCACGAUCUCAUCGAGAUCUUCGGUGGGACAUCGAUGAUCUCCAUCCAGGCCGUUCAGGCCUGGGGACUCCGAGUUCUACAGCCGGUCGACAUCCGGUACGGCAUCAACCUAGCAGCUCGUCGUUGGCUCCUUCGUCAACUCGACCGUUGGAACCCUCGGUUGGCCGUGGUCGAAUUUCCAUGCACGGUUUGGUCCAUACUCCAAUCCAACUGCAACUAUAAGGAUGAACCUGAGGUCCUUGACCAGCUCCGCGAGGAGGACAGACCCUUCAUCCAGUUGACCAAGUCCGUGUUUGACAGCCAACAACGUCGAGGUGGUCAUUGCUUGGCCGAGAACCCUGCCUCAGCAGCCAGCUGGCGCGAACCUGAACUUCAAGGGCUCCGUAGCCAUCUUUGGGAGACCACCAGCUGUAUGUGUCAAUUCGGCAUGGUUGGCCGCAAUGGAUGGCCAAUGCUCAAGCGAGUACGAUGGUUGGCUACACAUCCCAUCUUCAUCGAGUACCUCAACCGACAAUGUGACGGUCGACAUCAACAUGAAGCUGUGGCUGGUAGCAACACCUCUCUCUCAGCACAGUAUCCACCUGACCUGGCAGACACCAUCAUCCGCGCCUACCUGGACGUGGUCAAGGCCGAAGACUUUGGUGUCCACCAUGAAUGGGACGUGCUGGAGACCCGCCACGUGCACUACGUCGACGUGGUGAAGGAUGAGAAGGAAUGGAGGCCGCUCUUAGCACAGGCCGAGAAGAUCUUAGCCCGUAGGGUCCAGGCCAACUGCUUCUUGGACAUGACCUCCGAUCUCUACCAGAAGAUCAUUCCUUUGGUGCCCUGGCAGAUCGCGAACAUUCAGAUCUCGCACCUGCCGAAGGCCAAACGGGUACGACCCGGGCUGGAACAAUGUCAUCGCUGCUCAGUCCUUUGGCAGUCCGAUGACAUGGUGUUGAUUGAAACGGAGCAUCUUCCUUCAGCUCAAGCACCGAGAGAACGAUUCGUGUCGCCAGUGAAGAUUGGCAUUUUUGUCUUGGGCUACGCUCCGGGAGAACCACAACAGCCAGCUCCAGCUAAACGUGGACCAGCAGUUCAAGAACUACCUGAUGGAGAAGUGGUUCAUGAUGCUCUGGAAGAGCCUGCCUUGUUCGGCAGGACUAUGCAUCUGGAGAGUGUUGGUUCAUUGGUCCGCCUCUACGACAUGAACAACGUCGCUUGGCACCAGCUUUGGUUCGAAUGCAUCGCAACUUGGGCCACCAGAAAUGAAGACUUCGUCAGAGCCCUGGCCCAACACGGCAAGAUCGAUCCUGAAGCGGUGAGCCUUGCAAGGCGGCUACGAUGUGCUUCCUGUGAACGAGCACGUCGACCUCUACCUCCGAGACCGACCUCAUUGAAGACCACUGGAGCCUUCAACGAUAAGGUGUGCUUGGACUUCGUCUUCUUGCACGACAGCAACGGCGACAAGCACAACUACUUGCACAUCCUCGACCCAGCAGGCGCCUACAAUGUCUUUGUUUGGAUUCCUUCAAGGCAACCAGGCAUCGUUUUGGACACCUUCACGAUGGCAUGGGCAAGCUGGGCAGGCUUUCCGAAGGCGGUCUGGACAGACCGCGAUGGUGGCUUCGAGGCUGAGUUCGCGGAGGGCCUGAAGCAAGCAGGCACUGAACAAGAUGCCAUUGCAGCUGAAGCUCACUGGCAAGCAGGUGAAGUGGAAAGCUACAACCGGGCUUUCAAGUACGCCGCGAACAAGCUGAUCGAUGAGAAGCAGUUCGUUGGCGAAGAGCAGAUGAAGAUGCUGGGUGCAAUGGUUUCAUCAGCCAUGAACGACCGCAUCAGGACUUGUGGCGCCUCACCCAACCAGUGGCUUUUUGGGCGCAACCCACGUGCACCUGAUGACCUCCUCAGCCCCGACGGCAAGAUCGAGGCCCUCAGAGGACUUGAUGCUGAUGAACAACUGCGGCUCCGCAACUACGUCAGAGCUCAAGCUGACAUCGCUCUGGCGCAGUACCGAACUGAUGAAGCACUUCGCAAAGCAGUGCUACGCCAAGGGCGUCCGACUCGUUUGACCUACGAGCCGGGAGAGCUUGUGGCCUUUUGGAGGCAAGUGAAGAAGAAGAAGGGCAAGAUCCUACAGCCAGGAUGGUUCAAAGGGACUAUCGUUGGUCCUCACAAGGGCGAGGAUCGCCCAGGCCAGUCCAACUACUGGGUCACCUCCGGAGGCAACAACUUCGCCCCACCUACGGCACUGAGAGGUGGCGCAUUCAAGAUGCUGACCUACAAGGUCUUUUUGGAUGAGUUCCCGGAGGAGUACUAUGAUGCAGUAGGUGAACCUCCUCCUGAAGAACAAGUCAUGGCCGACGCUGAAGGCGAGGUCGUGGUCCCCAUGUUUGGCAUUGAGGAGUACACGCCUUCCGAACCACCUGAAGAAGUUCAACCAGCGCAGGAUGCUAAUGGAUCUGCCGUUGGCGCUGAUACCACACAGCCCUCACCGAAGAUGCGAGAAGACAGAGCUCCAGGCACUCCGGUGCAUGGCUUGAUGCGCCCAACACCGGGCCUACCUUCUGACCUACCUGCGCUACCUCCGGAACUUCCUGGAGAACUUGACGAACCACAAGAUCUUCCCCUUCCGGAACCGGUCUCCAAGAAAGCAAGACUCGAGGCCGAUGAUGAGCUACCUGACCACCUUGUACCUGAACAAGAACGACUGCCCAUGAACGACACCGAGCUCUACACCGAGCCCAGAGGUGCUAUGUGGGGCAUCCGAGUUCAAGUCCAAGGACAACCAAGAAGGUCAGCAGCCACCAGAAAAGACCAGAAGGCCCUCGAGAAGGAGAUUCCGUGGCACAUGAUCCCUGAGGAUCAGCGACCUGGCUACCUGGCCGCAUUGCGCAAGGAGUGGGAUGUCUGGCUCAAGUACCAGGUCGUAGAGCACUUCAACCCUGAGCGGAUACUUUCCGCACGUGUCUGCUACCGCAACAAGAAUGCUGCGUACCCAUGGCUGCCCAUCAAAGAGAAGGCCAGAAUCGUGCGCAGAGGAGAUCAAGACCCUGACCUCCUAUCGCUUCGGCGAGAUGCACCAACUAUGACACGCACCUCACUCAUGUGCAUCCUUCAGAUUGGUGCCUCAAUGCCGAGAUGGUUUCUCUUCAAUGCGGACAUCACCGGCGCUUUUUUGCAGGGUGAUCAGUCCAUGGCAUCCCGGAAGGAACCUUUGUUUCUGAAGCAGCCCCGUGAAGGACUACCUGGACUCGCUCCCGGGCAACUCCUACUGGUGGUCCGAGGCAUCUUUGGGUUGGCGAACAGCCCGAGACUGUUUUGGAGGCAUCUGAGGGACAGCCUGAUCCGUAUGGGCUUCAUUCAGAGCACCUUGGACCGCGCAGUCUUCAUGUACUACAAGCACGGCAAACUGGUUUUGGUUUUGGGUGCUCACGUGGACGACCUCAUCGGCACAGGAGCACCUGGCAAGGAAGGUGCAGACAGCAUACUCCAUCAGCUCCGAGAGAUCUUUGACUUCGGGGCAUGGGCAGAUUCUCGCCAGGAGAAGGUGCUUGAAUACGGUGGCAAACAGAUCACCGUGGAGAACGAUGGCAUCAAGCUGAAUCAGCAGAAGUUUGUCCAAGCAGCAACGACUACCUCCAUCCCGAAGUGGCGAUUGGCAACACCCAACGCCGAGCUCUUUCCACAAGAGAUGACUGAACUCAGGUCCCUCGGUGGUUGCUUGCAUUGGCUCACAGGGCAAUCACGCCCCGAUCUCGCUGCAGGUACUUCGCUGUUCAUGAGCGGGAAGCCCACCAUCAGCAACUUGUCAGCGCUCAACAAGCUGGUGCGAGAGGCCAAGGCCUCGGAAGACUGGGGGCUCCGCUUCAAAGCCAUCGACCUGGAGGCCGGAAAGAUGGUCGUGUUCGCGGAUAGCAGCUGGGCAAUCGCUGCUGAACUGAAGCCCCAAGCGGGCUACAUGGUCUUUGUCACCGGCCAGAACGUCGACACCUUGACGGGCGACACCGCUUGUUUGCUGGAUUGGCGCAGCCACCGAAUCAAGCGGCAGUGCAGGAGCACCUUGGCCUCGGAGACCAUGGCGAUGGAUGCUGGCGUUGACUCGGCAAUCUAUUGCCGGGAGCUCAUGGGUGAGAUCCUCAUCCAGGACUACCACGCCACUCAGAGCGGACGACUCCCGCCGAGCUUCCUCCCGGUGCUGGUGACCGCGGACUGCAGGUCCUUGUACGACCUCCUGACCAAAGAUGGUCCACUAGCCUCCACUCAGGAGAAGAGGCUUGCCAUUGAUUUGGUUGGCCUGAAGGAAACGGCCGCUGAGAUAGACCCUGAGCAAGAGCAGCUGAAGCAGAUCUUCAAAUGGGUUGCCACUGAUCGGCAACUUGCCGACCACCUCACGAAGUUGAAGCCGGCCGGGCUCCUUCGAAGCUUGCUGGACAGCAACCACGUAGCUCUCCAAGCUGCGGUGGAUGGCCGUGGAUCAGAUCCGCAGGUGAAUGGGCCGCCCAAGCGCUCCGCCAAGAAGCGCAACAAGGGCAAGGCGUCCUUCCGUCGGGGCGCGCAGAAGGCCAACAAGACCCAGAAGGCCAAGAAGGGAGAGGGUGCUGACCGGGCCGCUGCAUCUUCAGAGGAUCGUGAUGGCCUACCGACACCAGCGAAGGCAGGUACACACAGCUAUACUGUGGACGCCAGGGUUCAGGAUCCUAAAGGGAAUCUUUGUGAUAUCACCGUGGAUGUGCUUCUGAGAGCGAAGGCCUACUACAUCAAAAAGGCUACGCCGGUUGGUCGGCUUGGCCAAAUCAGUUGGAAGAAAUUUGGUGGCCCACAUCCGGCAUGGUGCAUAGCGCUGGAGCAAGCUGCUUGCGGCAAUGCUGGCAAGAGCUGA